AUGCCCUGCUGCAUCGCCAUCAUCCACUUCGCCCAGUGCAGCCACAAUACCCUCUUCAAACUCGGCUGCACCGCACACUGCGACGCCCUCUGUCCCGCCGCCGACCAGCGCACCCUCGUCAUAACGCGCUACCUAUGGUCUUGCGAAGACUGCCACAUGCGCCAGUGGCUUGCCAACGACGACUUGCGGUCCGCCGCCUGGACUGCGCGCACCGAAGCCUUGGAGGGGGACCGCGGGCUGCGCGUCGAGGCCCGCGCCGUGCUGUUCGACAUGCUGCGCUGCCGGGAGCAGUACGAAGAUAACCGCCUCGAGACCGCCCGCCAGCUGCAGGUGGAGGAGAUCCAGUGGGUUGCCGAGUGGACGCUCGAGUACGGGCUGAUGGUGUGGGACACGCUGUAUGAGCGCCGGUAUGGGCCCCGGGCCGCACGACGGCGUAUUAAGCAACUACGCGCUCUGAGGCUGUGGGAUCUGGUGGUGACACGGGAUGCGCUGCGAGGCGGCAAGGAGCUGCGGCAGGAACAGGUGUCAAGAUCUACGUGGAUAGGUGCAGGUUCGCAUAUGUCUACGCUACACGAGGUUGUUGAAGUUGCUGACGAGUAA